AUGGCUACCUUCUCUAGCACUCCUUCCAGUACUGCUGUUACUAAUGCAUUGUCAACAACAUCAUCAUUGAGCUAUCAUCAUUUACUCUCAGCAUCAAAUGGCAACAAUAAUAAUAAUAAUAAUAAUAGUAACAACAGUACAUCAUCCGAUGAAAAUUUAACGCCCAUCAAUCCUAUUAAUGAUAUUAAUCUGAAUAAUACAUUCGAUAGCAAUACAUCUUAUUUAAAUAAUGCAGAUUUUUCGUUGUGUUUACCAUCGACUCAACAGACAACACCGUAUGAUGCAGUUGUUGCAACAUCAACAUCACCUUUACCGUUCAAUAAUGAUCCACUUGUUCGACAUUUCUUCAACUAUCGCCAACAAAAUGACGCGAAUCUCAAUGGCAACUACUAUCCAAAUAUGUCGUCUGGCUCAUUCGUUAAUGCAUUUGAUUAUUCCUAUGCAAAUAUGGCACCUUCAAGCAUAGUACCAAGUCUUGGAUCUGAUCCCUCGUUGCACAAUCAUGCUUUUCCGACACCUAACUCGUCGCAACAUCAUCCUCAUGCUCAUCCGUUUGUUAAUUCGUACAUCUCGUACCCACACUCACAACAACAACUUUUAAAACCAACUGAUUCGUUUGCAAUGCCAAUACAACAGCCACACGCACAUCCUCAAUCUCAUCAUCAUCAACAGCAACAACAACAACAACAAAAUAUUUACCCAUGGAUGAGACGAAUUCACAAUACGUGUGAUCCACACAUUGGUGAAACGAAACGAACACGAACAUCAUAUUCAAGAUAUCAAACACUCGAAUUGGAAAAAGAAUUUCAUUUUAAUCGAUAUCUAUCACGAAGAAGACGAAUUGAAAUCGCACACAGUUUAGCGUUGACUGAACGACAAAUAAAAAUAUGGUUUCAAAAUCGGCGAAUGAAGUGGAAAAAAGAUAAUAAACUGCAAAGUUUAAACGAUAUCAGUAAAAACGAAGACAAAGCCACAUCACUCAACAUUAAGCGUGAAAAACAAGACGCAUCUUCAACAAAUAAUCCAACUCAUUCAACUAGUAAUGAACGUCAUCAAUCACCCUCAUCAUCAUCAUCUACUCCAAAUAGUUUUAAUUAA